CCGUCAACGAGAUCCCAUAGCACUGCUGCGCGCUCCGCUACCUCGGCCAGCCGGGGCGCCUUGCGAACUCUUCCACGUGCGGAACUACCCUCUCCCACCAAAUGUGCAGCCCUGGUAGGGACAGGAUACUAACAGUGGGCUUGCCAGCGUGGAUCGACUCGUACGAAACCCGAUACGGCACCCCGUCCGAGGACCAGAUUCGCGCGCUGAGCUCACCUCCUCCGCGGGCUCUCCCCGCCCAUCACAAUCAUGUGCCGAGCCAAGCGCAUAGAAGGGUGUCGAGGGACGGAUUUGUGUACGAAAACCCGACCGUCUUGGGGCUGCAAGGGGCAACGACGUCGAGGGUAAGGCUGCGCAACUUCCUCAGACGCGGAGACGGCACCGAGAGGGGCAGGAAAUGGGACCACCUGCGCACGGCGGAACCCGUCAUUGUGCCGCGCUACAGCCGGGCCACCGCGGACUCGCCCUGGCGCGGUUACGUUCAGUCUUCGCGAUAUGGUCGCCUGUCGAACGAGGAGGCCGAGAUUGUCGAUCCCGAGACGCUCCAUAAGAUGCAGCCCGAGUUCAACAACCCCGUCGAGAUCCACCAUGCGACCGCCACCACUGGCGGCAAGCCGACACGGACACGGGUGCUCUACAAGCGGUUAUGGCGCAUCAUACUGCGACACCCGCUUGUCCCCCUCGCCUUCCGCCUCACCGUCCUCCUCACCUCCAUCGUGGCGCUGGCCAUUUCGGCCAGGAUAUUCGAAAUCGAACACAGGACCGACCACGACCGCUCGUCGGAGCUGACGCAGGCCAUCGUGGCCAUCGUGGUCGACUCGGUCGCCAUCCCCUACAUCGGCUACAUGACCUGGGACGAGUACACGGGCAAGCCUCUGGGGUUGCGCCCAGCCAACCAGAAGAUUGGCCUCGUCCUGAUGGACUUGUUCUUCAUCAUCUUCAAAUCCGCGAGCACCGCUCUGGCCUUCGAGGCUCUGGUCUACCAUAACGCGGGAGACCGCGAGACGAGGCAGUACAGCCAGGCUCUGGCCGCGUUCCAGGUGAUUAGCCUGAUCGCCUGGAGCUUCACCCUGUCCGUGAGUGUCUUCCGCCUAGUGCAGAAGCUGGGCGUCGGGGACGAUGACAAGUGAUGGGUGCAUGUAUAAUG